AUGAUCUCAUUGAAGAAAUAGUAAAAAGUAUCUCUAUGUUGUUAUUAUGACUCUCAAAUAGUGAAAGAAGUUGAUGCUAAAUAUAAUUUCUAAGUUAGAGGAUCUAUUGCUAGUCAUGAGCUUUAUCUUAGAUAUGAAAAUACAACAUCAAAGAAUUAAACAUUUAUGCUCAAUUUUGGCUUAUCAGAAGACACUUACUUUGAGCAUUUAUCUGUUAAUAUUAAUGAAAAAAUCACCAAUUUCAAUGUCGAAGAUAAAAAAUAUGAAAAUUAAACAGUUUUUUUCAAAGAAGGUUCACUCUUGCAAUUACAAGGUAAUAUCUCAGUUUAGAUUGGUAAAAUUGAUAAAGGCAAAGAAUUUGUUGUCUGCUUUAAAUAUAAUGAGCUACUUCUUGAAAAAGAAUAACAAUAUUUAAUGACUUUACCUUUUUGCUAAGCGAAGCUAUUUCAAAAAGUUGAAAUAAACGGUGAUGUUUAUUCACAAAAUAGUUAAGAUCAAAUUAUUUUUGCUGAAUUUAUGGAUAUUAAUCUAAAUAAACUAGUAAAAAUUUAGCAAGUUAAUAAUAACCACUUUAAAGUAAAGGGUGAGCUAUCUAAAAUUAAUGAAGGGUAUUUUUCCCAAGAAAAAGCUUAUCUGAAGGUUAAGUAUACGAAAAAUAAUCUAAGUAUGCUCUCAUUUGAUUAAAAAAAUUCAGAAAUUUCCCCUUACUGUGCACUAAUCAACUUUAUUCCCCCUUAAAUUUCUACUUAGGAGAACUUAUUGACAAAAACUACUGAUUAAUUGAUUAAAUCUGAAUUUGUUCUUAUCAUUGACAGAAGCGGUUCAAUGUAUGGCCCUAAAAUGGAACUGGCUAAAGAAUCAUUAAUAUUUUUCUUAAAAUCAUUACCAGUUGGUUCUAUCUACAACAUUAUUUCUUUUGGUUCUACUUGUGAGAUUAUGUUUGAUUAAUCUGUGUAGUUUAAUGAUUAGAAUGUGCAAAAUUCUAUUCAGCAAAUAGAUUAGUUCUCUGCAAAUUUGGGAGGAACCAAUGUAUCUAAAGCUUUAGAGCAUGUUUAUUUAAAUCUCUUCGACUAGUAUGGUUUAAGAAAGAAAAUUUUCAUUAUAACAGAUGGAGAGUUUACUGACAGAAAUGAAACAUAAGAACUUGUCAACGCAUAUUAAAAUAGAUGUGAUAUCAAUGUACUUUGCAUUGGAAAAGAUAGCUAAUUUUAAUAGGCUAUAGAAAUUGCAAAUAAAACUGGAGGGUUCACUUAACACGUCAAAGAUCAUAUCGAUAUAAUUUCAAAAGUAAUACUUUUGCUUUCUUAAUCAUGCUAAGACUUAAGGAAUAGCGUUUAGAUGGACUCUUCUUCUGAUCAUGACGAGUGUAUUGACUGUAUUGUUCCAAACCCUAAAUAGAUUAGUUUUAUUGACAGAUCUAAAACUUUGAGAUUUUAUAUUUUCUUGAAUAAGAAAUUCGAAGAUGUUAAAAAAAUUAACUUUAAGCUAACUACAAAAUUCUAAAAUGAUGUAAAAUUUGAAGAUAAUUAUGUUAUUGAUAUCAAAGACCAAGCAAAAUAAGAACACGCAAACAUUCAUAAAUUGGGGCUAUAUUAGUUAAUAAAAUAGAUUAUUAUCAAUUAGUGGAGAAAAUGUGAAGAUAUUUUCGAAGAUAUCACUCAUUCCUUCAAAUUUACUCAAAACAAUAUAAUAAAUUUGCUAAAAAAAGAAGCAAUAAAGUAAUUUUUAAAUUUAAUUUAUAAUUUAUUCAUUUCCUAAUUAUUAAUUUAGAUUUUAAAUUCUUUGUGA